GUUAUAUUUAAGAUUUAUCUUAAAGACGUCGGUAUAGGAGCCAAUAGGUUAACACUAACAGCAAGGGAACGUGCCUACAGGCCCGUUUAUAUACCAAGAAUUGUUCAGUAUAGGCAUACUGGUUUCUGUGUGUGGUUGUACCGUGCCCUGGCUGCAUUCACACCGUGUUGGAAUGACGAGGGGGGACGUCUAAUUCGGAUGAACCAUUUGCGGCAUCAACGCAAUCGAGCUUUGACAAUGUGUGGAUCGUCAUUACAUGUAUGAGUAGCUUCAUCUUUCUAGUCAUGGACAAGACACUGGAGAAUUUGGAGCCCAGCAGUCCGCUUCGGGACUUAGAGGAACUAGAUACCACAGAACCCCUGAAUCAGGCAUGCUUACUGAAUGACAGUGACUUGCUCUUUGGUGAUCUCAGCGAUGGUGGCACCUUCAAUGAGCCUCCUGUCAUUUUGCCUGAGACACCCAGCCCCAGUUGCCACAGAAGACGACCUCGGUACAACGGGUUUGCCAACUCGGCUACUCUCCUCAGCUCACCUUCCCAUGGAGAGGGGAAAUCUCUCAGGAUGACUCCCACCUCUCAUCAGAAGUCAAAACGCAGGAAGGUGUCUGUGCCAGCCACCAGCAUGAGGGGGGAAGCCAAACCAAACACCUCUUGGAGCACCAGUGGUUUUGUAACCGCUUCUUCUCUCAUGACAUCAGACUGGUCCCUAUCUACCUGGCUGGAACCUCCUCUUCCCUCAUCUAUUCCUUGUUCUAAUUCGUCUCAACCAUCGUCAUCCUCCUCCUCGCUUGGUGCUCCCCCUACCUCACAGGACGAUAUACGCAGGGAAGGGUUCUGCCAAAACCCAUUGUCUCAGGCCCCUUUGACGGGAUCUACAGUGGGACCUAGCCCCCCUAAUCAAAGCAGAACCAGGAAGAGGGCCUGUAAAAAAGGGGCCUCUAGUAAGUCUGUCUCCAAGACCUCAGCAUGUGCACAAGCCCCAACAAAUGCCAUCACAGACUCUGUGUCAUUCCUGCAAAGCGCAGAGAAAAAUAGACACACUUCCGGUUGGGAGCUUCCUCUCUCUAUUGCUGAUGGAAUGAAGCCCAAAUAUGAUGAGAUAAUCAUUGAUGACAACGAUGAAGAUGAUGUUGUGGAGGCCAUGGUUCGCUCAGUGCAGUUGGAGGAAGAUGAGGCUUUUGCCCGCAGUCUUCAGGAACAGUUUGACAGAGAGGAGCAACUGCAGCUACAACAAAGGAGACAGCAGGAACCCAUCCCCCCCAACAGACCCCACUCUUUCAAUCAUCACAUCUACCCAUAUGACCCUUAUGUGGGGAUGAACUGGACGUCUCCCUGGCCCUCAGCGGGGAACUACGCCGCCUUCUCUCCUCUUGUCACAGGAUUACAGGAAGACUUGAUUGGCCAACGCAGACGACGAGGCCGCACCCGCGCUCCUCGACAGCGAAACCCCCGCCAUGCCUUCCCUGCCCUGUUUGAUGACAGCCAGGGAGACAACUAUGAGGCUCUCCUGGCCUUUGAAGAGAGCCAGGGUGCAGUUGUGGCCAAGAAAACCCUGAGUCAGAGAGAGAUUGAGAGGCUUCCUACAAAAAUCUACGACUCAGCACAUAGUGCAGGAAAGAUACAGUGUCAGAUCUGUUGUUCAGACUACACAGAGGGAGAACUGCUGAGGAUGCUUCCUUGUCUCCAUGACUACCAUGUGCAGUGCAUCGACCGCUGGAUAAAGGAAAAUGCGUCGUGCCCCAUCUGCCGAAUUGACAUAUCAGAAUGCGGUGGUGACUGACUGGCCACAGAACCAGACCUCUACCUCACAGGACCUACAACAUGACCGCAUCUUGUGUGAUAAGGUUUUACGGUGUCUUAGGGCUUACAGACAACCAGUCUCUGUCUGACUGUUAAUAGUAUUUUAUUCUUUGAAGAUUGAUGCAAGUGAAACGUCCUAUAUUCGAUUUUUACAUGAUCUACUUGAAUGAAACAACUCAGGAUUGCUGCUAUGUUUUAUUCUAAUGCUAUAUUUUGUCAGGCGUUAUUCCAAAUAAAUAUUUUAUGAGGAAGGUUCAUGCAUAGUGGUUUUUGGUUAGUUUCAUGUCUUCUGACCUUGACACUUUCUUUUUUUAUAUAUUUUUUUUCUCUAGAAUACCUCUUUUUAUUAAUUAGGCAGAGUUGACUUAGCCUGUGUUUACACCCUGCCCAGAUCUGAUAUUAGAUUUUGACUAGUAGGUAAAAAAGGUUUAUGGACCAAUCACAUAUGAAUUAAUUCUGAAAAUCUCCCCCUAUUAUUUUUCAAACAUUUUAAGUCAAGGUAACCUAACCUCAUUCAGUGUAUUGUUGUUAAGUGUCUCCUGUGACGUUAUUGUCCUGAUGAAAGGUGAGCUCCUGUGGGCAUGUGUGUAUAUUGUUAAUGUAUCAGUGAUGGGUUAAAUAGAUUUUUUAGAUUGCAGCCCCCAAGCUGGAAUACUCACCAACCACUUACUGUCAUCACUAUUUGACCUCCUCAGGGAUCAUAGGUGACAUGUUGUUGCCUUUACUUUUCACCUUAGUUAUUGAUGGCCUUUCCAAAGCCGUCAGAACACAUUCUGAAAUGUAUGGUUAUAAAACUAGAUCCCCUAAAUAAAAAUUUUUUUUAUUUGAA